AUGACAGACGAGCAAACCCAUUCUCCUGGCAGGGAGUCUGUAGAGGAGAAAAAAGACACAGUUAAUCUAAACGUUCAUCAGUUGUCCGAUGGCACAACAACACCCUCAGAUAGCGAGAAACCAGACCCGGAAGCACAGCAAGACACGCUCUCCCAUCUCCUUGUCAAAAAUGGCGAGCAAGUCCUCGUCACUUGGACCCUGGAAGAAGAAUCUGCCAUAGUUCGGAAACUUGAUUUUCUUUUUCUCCCCAUUUUCUCGUUAAUAUUUACCUGGAUGGCCAUUGAUCGGACCAAUGUGUCGAGCGUACUGACAUCCACCUUCCUCUCCGACACAUCUAUGACCCGGGACCAGGCCAAUACCGGUGUAUCUCUACUUUGGCUGGGCAUUGUCUUGCUGGAGAUUCCCUCAAACAUCGUUCUCCACCGCGUGGGUCCCCACUACUGGAUUCCCGCCCAGGUCGUUGUGUGGGGUUUAGUUGAGGUACUGCAAAUGUUUGUCACUAAUGCAAGUGGUUGGUAUGCCGCACGUCUAUUCCUGGGGCUUGCAGAGAGCGGGUUUAUCCCCGGCGGCCUGUACAUCUUGUCUACAUGGUAUGCACCCAACGAGCUCACGCAACGCACAGCAGUGUUCUUCCUUGGGCCGGCGUUUGCUGGGGCUUUUGGAUCACUGAUAUCGGCGGGGGCAUUAAGCUUGGACCAGAAUGGGGGUUUGAGUGGGUGGCAAUGGAUCUUCGUCAUCUGUGGCGUCUGUACGAUAGCCUCAGGCCUUUUGGCUUUUGCCCUAGUGCCCAAGUCUCCUUACCACACAGGCCACCUCCUUGGCGGUCUCAUUCGUGUGCGGGGCUGGCUGAACGAGCACGAAGCUGACAUUCUCGCCGCACGUCAAGCCCGAAGAGAAGACCAUCAAAUGGCCGGGUCGACCCUCAAGAUCGGCCGGAAGGAUAUAACCGAUGUCUUCUUCCACUGGGCUACCUGGCCGUACCUCAUCGUGUGCCUAGCCGGCCUGCAAUCCACCAAUGGGUUGAGCACCUGGGGUGCAUCCAUUAUCAAAUCACUCAACUUCAGCGCAAUACGAGCUAACUUGCUCAAUGCCCCGGGAAGUCUGCUGGGGGCGAUCUUUGGCAUUGUGUUGUCGGGCUUUGUGGACAGAUACAGUCGCUUUGGAUAUGCAAUCUUAUUUUCAGCUGUGUGGACUCUUGCGGGUCUAAUUGCACUUUAUAGUCUUCCAAUUACCUCUAAAGCUUCGUGGUCAUUCUAUGCAGCCUAUGUGGUCACCCAAUCAUCUCCUAACUGGCAGCCAAUCAAUGUCACCUGGUUGUCUUUGAACUUCAAGACGCCCCAGAAACGUGCAAUUGCGUAUGCUGUAUAUAUUGGAUGUUCUAAUCUAGGGGGCACUUACGGCAACCAAGUAUUCAGAGCGAGUGACGCCCCGCUCUAUCACAAGGCAUGGAUCGCCUGUAUAUCCCUGGGAGCAGUGUGGCUAGCCGGAGUCCUGUCACAGACAUUCGGUUUUCAAUGGGCCAAUCGGGUUUUCGCAAAGAAGCUAGCGGAUGAUCCUGAGUUGGAAUCGGAGAUUACGCAUAUUGACAGUAAUGGGCGAAAAUAUCGAUACUAUUGGUGA